AUGCAUUCCUCUUUCUUCUGCGACUUUUCCAAGAAUGGAACCAACACUGGAGAUACUACUUUACGCUUGGAUGGCUUCGGAUAUGGGACACGGGAAAAAACCCCCUUCAGCAACAACCAAAACAAUAGCGGUCGGCAGGUUGCUUUUCCAAACGGCCCAGAUGACGGGUGCAAAUUAGUGCUCGGAUUGGGCCCCACCCCUACCUAUACAGAGGAGCCGCCAUCUAGUGGCUGCAAUGCCGUUACACACGUGCUCGACUUCUCAGGUACCACUCACGGUUCCUCCAACCCUCCUACAAAUGAAACUCCCGUCGUUGAUGAGGGUUCGACAUCUGCAAAGAGAUCAUCAGGCGGAUACAUGACGGGACUUGCUCUGGCCCCGACAUCAUCAAACAAGCUUCCCGAGUCUCAACAGAGCUCCGACUACUCGAUGAGCGCCAUAUCCGAGCCGGGAAGCGCCUGCACGUCCUCCGACCGUAAAAACACCCCCGCCAAGAAAUGCCGGUUUCCGGGCGGGUGCACGAAGGGCGCUCGUGGCGCGACAGGCCUGUGCAUCGGGCACGGCGGCGGGCAGCGGUGCCAGAAGCCCGGGUGCGGGAAGGGGGCCGAGAGCCGUACGGCUUUCUGCAAGGCCCACGGCGGCGGGCGGACGGACUACUGCGUGGCGCACGGCGGGGGGAAGCGGUGCGUGGUCCCGGGAUGCACCAAGAGCGCGCGGGGCAGGACCGACUGCUGCGUCAGGCACGGCGGGGGAAAGCGGUGCGCGGUUGGGGGCUGCGGGAAGAGUGCCCAGGGGAGCACCGACUUCUGCAAGGCACACGGAGGGGGGAAGAGGUGCGCGUGGGGGACGUGCGACAAGUUUGCGAGGGGUAGGAGUGGGCUCUGUGCGGCCCAUGCCAGCCAGGUCCGGGCCAAGGAGGAUGGCGUGAUUGGGCCUGGGCUGUUCCGGGGUCUAGUGCGGGCUGACUCGGCUCCAAGUGGUUUUGAGAACGUGUGCUCGUCGACAACUGGGGUGAGCAUGGUUUCGGAUUUGACGGAGAGGCCUGCGAAAAGGCAGGAGAUGAUACCCCCGCAGGUGUUGGUGCCUCUGUCGAUGAAAGUUUCGGCUUUUUGCGGGGAGGCGUCGGGUUGCGAGAAGCAGGUGGAGAUGAGUAAGAGGUUGGAUUAUGUGGUGCCGGAAGGGAGGGUGCAUGGUGGUGGGCUGCUUUCUCUGCUGGGAGGUAGUCUGAAUAAUGCUAUUGAUGGGAUAUAA